AAAAAAAUAUGGUUUUGUUGUUUUAGUUUUUAUUGAUUUCGUGGAUUGGUCAUCAUUAGAUUAUUUUUACUGUUUCUGUAAAUUUCAAAUAAACUAUUCCAUACACGAUGUCCGAGCGAGACUACGCACCGCUGAGCAUAGCUUGUGUUCGUGGGUUAUGCGACAAAUUAUAUGAGAAGAGAAAAGUUGCUGGAGUCGAGAUUGAGAAGAUGGUGAAAGAUUUUAAUGAUGCAAAAAACACUAGCCAAAUAAAAAAGUUGAUCAAAGUCUUGGGCCAGGACUUGAUGUCUUCAACUAAUCCUAAUAUGAAAAACGGAGCACUUAUGGGUCUGUCUACUGUAGCAGUGGGGCUUGGCAAGGCAUCAGUAGAUUACUUACCAGAAUUAACAAAUCCAAUAGUGGCUUGCUUCAGCGAGAGCGAAUCUCGUGUAAGGUACCAAGCAGCUGAGGCAUUGUUCAACGUGCUGAAGAUUGUCCGAGGCGCUUCUUUAUCACAGUUUCCUGUAAUUUUCGAUGCGCUGGCUAAACUCGCUGCUGAUCCUGAGCAGCAGGUGAAACAUGCUGCCGAAUUGUUGGAUAGAUUGCUCAAGGACAUCGUGACCGAGAGCGGGUCCGUGGAGCUGUCGUCGCUGGUGGGGCUGGUGCGAGAGCGCAUGUACACGCGCUCGGCGCCGGCGCGGCAGCUCGCCGUGUCCUGGGUGGCGGUGCUGGACGCCGUGCCCGACCUCAACGUGCUGGCCCAUCUCCCGGACUUGCUGGACGGGCUCUUCAAGAUGCUAGACGAUCCUAACCCGGAGAUCAGAAGGAUGUGCGAUGUCCAGCUGAACGAGUUCCUCCGCAGCAUUAAGAAAGAGCCAGCCAAAGUAGACUUCCAAGCCAUGAUCAACAUCCUUAUCAUACACGCGCAGUCGCCCGAGGAACUGCUGCAGCUGACGGCGAUCACGUGGCUCAAGGAGUUCGUGGAGCUGGCCGGCGCCGCCAUGCUGCCCUUCGCCUCGGGCAUCCUGUGCGCCGUGCUGCCCUGCCACGCUUACUCCGACGAGCCAAGGAAGAGCAUACGGGAGACGGCGGCCACGGUCAACUUUCAACUGAUCAAACUGUUGGCUGCCGAGAGCGAGGAGGCGGGGGGCGAGGAGGCGGCGGGCGAGGAGGGGGGCGCGCUCAACCUGGAGGCCGUGGUGGGGGUGCUGACGCAGAUGCUGCACCACAGCUCCGUGCACACUAAAGUGGCCGCCCUGGAUUGGAUCCUUCACUUAUACAAUAAGCUCCCCAAACAGAUGUGCGGCGAGACGGAGCGCGUGUGGGCGGGCGCGGUGGGCAGCCUCACGGACGCGGCGCACGACGUGCUGCGGCGCGCGCUCGCCGUGCUGGCAGAGAUCUGCUCCGCCGCCGGAGAUUUGCAGUCUAGUCCUUACUACUACAAGUUCCUACAAGCUUUAUUGAGGCUUUUGGCGGCAGACGAGAACCUGUUGGAAGACAGAGGAGCUUUCAUUAUCAGGCAGCUGUGCGUCCUGCUGAACGCGGAGGACAUAUACAGGGCCCUAGCGAACAUUCUGCAGCAGGAGAAGAACCUCCGCUUCGUGACCACCAUGGUGGACAUCCUCAACACCAUACUGCUGACGUCCGCCGAGCUGUACGAGCUGCGGGCGCUGCUGAAGGACCGCAGCAAGCCGUGGAGCCGCUCGCUGUUCCUGGCGCUGCACGGCUGCUGGUGCCACAGCCCCGUGUCGCUGCUGGCGCUGUGUCUGCUGGCGCACCACUACCGGCACUGCAACACGCUCAUCGCCACCUUCGGCGACCUCGAGAUAACCGUGGAGUUCCUGACGGAGGUGGACAAGCUGGUGCAGCUCAUCGAGUCGCCCAUAUUCGCCUACCUGCGCCUGGAGCUGGUGGGCGAGCACAGCGCCGGCCUGCGCGCCGCGCUCUUCGGCCUGCUCAUGCUGCUGCCGCAGUCCGACGCCUUCCACGCGCUGCGGGCCCGCCUGCACUGCCUGCCGCCGCCGCACCAGCCGCACCACCAGCCGCACCAGCCGCCGCACCAGCCGCCGCACCAGCCGCGAAGCGACGAGAGGGAGGGCUCCGAGGCGGCGGACGACGAGCCCCUGGACUACGGCGCCCUGCUGGCACAGUUCCACGCCGUGCAGGCACAACACCGCCAGUACCGCGCGCUCGACCGCUCCCGGGACAAGCUCUACGACAAGCCCUACUCGUAGCCGCCGACACAACACACUGUACUCUAUCUAGCUAUAAGUAAGUGUAGUGGAGUCCGCCGCCGCCAACUGUAACCGCUCGUAUGAGCCGUGUUGAGCAGUCAGAAGGGCCGACGCGACGCCCGGGGGGGGCUCCCCGCGACCUGCUGUAACAUCCAAUGCAUGUUCGUUAUAUGACACAGCAUGCUUGUACAAUCUCUUGUAUUUAAAAAAACCAAUCUGGAUAUUUAUGAACAUCUUGUUUUUUAUUGUCCUUGUAGGCAGACGAGCAUACGGCCCACCUGAUGGUGAGUGGCUACCGUCGCCCAUGCACUUCAGCAAUGCCAGGGGCAGAGCCAAGCCGCUGCAUACAUCUCUAAAAUAGUUAUAGAAUAAGCUUUUUGAGUGCCGUUCUAGAAAAAGAGGAUGAAUCCAGUGGCUUUUCUUGGCUUUGCGUUUUUUUGCGAGAUAAAAGCCCAAAUCGCUCGACGAAAGAAUCAUAAAUGGACGUCGAUUGGCCGCUAUAACUGGCUGCUCAAAUGUUUCGGUUGCCGCAGUCUGGCUGCCUGUGUGCAUUGACAUUAUCAGUGACAUGGCUGAACGUAGCGAUGGGUGUUUCGGCAAAUUGUUUCGUUCCGAACGUUACCUUGAAUUCUCGGACCAAAUAUUUAUGAAUUUGAAUAAGUUUUAUUUCGCUAUUAUUGUGAGAUAGAGAAGGCUAGGAAUAUUGUUUAAAAAAAAUUAUUACUAUAUAUUAUUAUAUCAAUUGAGUUUAUUGAAGAAUGUUUAUUAUGGAUUUUUUUAAAUAAUAAAAAUUAUAAAAUUUUUAAGAGAUAGAUUUUUAAUAAUAUACAUAAAGAUUGUUUAAUUUACUUUCGCUGCGUAGAGGGCGCGCGGCCCGCGGGCCACACCGCCCGGUAGUCGCGCUGUUUGCAUUUGUUUACACGACGUUAUUCCAUUAUCGCCGUGACGAACCUACAUCUCAAGGAAACUGCCAGUGUAAUUUACCUAACUAAUUAUACAUCCUCUCUCUUCACUUUUAGUGAUGCUGUCAACAUUUUAAAGAUAUUUUACAAGAGUUUUAUAUGUUGGAUGUAAAAAUCUACUUUUUAUAAUUUUUAAUAUUUUGGGUGUCUGAUUAUUUUAAUAUUUUUAUGUAUUAAGUAUAUUUGUUCCAAUUAACUUGAGACGUACAAUAAAGUGUAUUAUAGUACAGUUUUUUUUUUUUG